AUCAAAGGGUCAGUCUGUCCUUUCAGCUUAUUUUAUCUCUUCUUGUCAAAAAUUCAUUUCUCGGCACAAAACCUUUAAACCAAGGAAAGAACACACUGCCUGUCCCUUGGUCUUUCUAAGCUGGACCUGUGUGGGUGUGAAGGGAGUGGGAAGAGAAUAACCUUUCCUCACUCUACUGGCCCGUGAGUUCCUUUAGAAAAGGGAAUUGAGGCUCAUUUUCCUCCUCAUCCUCCAAAGUUACUAGCCAAGUCUUCACCCAGUUACAAAAGAUGUGAACUUAUGAAACAAAGGAAUGCUUCCAGACAUGUUCCAUACACUUAUAGAGACCCACGUAUGUGCACAUUCAGGAUCACAGUUUUAGUCUUAUGACAUCAAGUGUUUUCUGAGUCAUUGUGCUCACUGGAUGCUGGCCAGACAUGGAGGACACAAAUCUAUUCAUUUACUUUGCCAUAAACAAGUCUCAGUUUUCUUUAUCUAAGAAAUAUGGACAAGGCAUGGUAAUUCAAUAAGGAAGUGUGUGGCAUAGAGCCCAACAUAAAGAUUUAAUGAAGAAAAUCUAUCACUAUUAAGUAAUGUUCAUUUUCCUUGAUGGUAAAAACUGUAUAAAGUAAUAGAUUAAAUUUCUGCAAUGGAUACCAAAGUAAAAGAAUAUGUUUUGUUAAAUUGCUGUCUUACAGUUGGAUAAAUAAUAAAUUACAUCUAAGAAAAUGAUAUUCUACUUUUUAUAUCAAAUGGAUAAAAUUAAAUACCAAGAACACACUCGGGAACCUCAAAAAUCACACACAAAGUACUUUAACAAACUAAAACUUUGUAUUUCUUUUCUGAAUAGGACCGUGAGGAAAAUUUCCGUAUCACCAGUGAAGAUACCAAUAGAAAUGUUUUAUGGUGGGCUUUCGCACAAAUAUUAAUCUUUAUCUCAGUUGGAAUUUUUCAAAUGAAGCACCUUAAAGAUUUCUUCAUAGCUAAGAAGCUUGUUUAAAACACAAGUUAAAGUAAAUAAUUUGUACAAUGUUUGAGUUAAUAAACCAAAAUACAUGCAUAAGUCUGCUAUUUUCUGAUUUAAAAGAUAUUAGAUAUUGAAGUUAAUAUUAUAGAUGGCAUUCCUGGUUUUUAAAAAGUGUCACUUUAAUAAUGUAGCUUCUGAAUGUGGUAAAAAAAAAAUAAGCACGUCGUUUUAAUUUAAACUUGAUAUAAAUCAGCAAUACCAAAUGAGCUACAGAUGCAAUUUUAAGUUAUUUGGUCACACAUUAAAAAAAAAAAGAUUUUAUGUUCUAUCUAUCUAUCCAUCUCCCCUUCUCUCUCUGCAAGCGGAUCCUUUCUCUUUUUUUCUUCCCCUCUUACUCCCUUAUCCCCAUGACAAUUUCCCUGGCCUCAGUCCUUGGGGCCAGUAAACAGCUUCCCCAAAAACCUGCCUUUAAUAUUAAAAGAAAGAGGAUUUUACAAAAGGGUACAUUUUAAUAAUUGUGGAACCAGGUGGUGGUAGUGCUAGCAACACCUUUAAUAACAUCGCUUGGGAGGCAGAGACAGGUGGUUCUCUGAAUUCGAGGCCAGCUGAGUCUACAGAGUAAGUUUCAGACUACACAGAGAAGCUCUUUAUCAAGAAGGGGAGAGGGGGACAGGGACCUUUGUGGCAUAUAUUUAUCAUAGCAUACCAAACAAAGUACUAUCAGUCAGAGCAUGUCACAUUGGCUUCUACUGCUGCUCUUAAGGAGACUGAAGCAGGAAGAUCCCCAGAGCCCCCAAGUAGAGACCAGACUGACAGCAGACUUAGUCACUGUUCUACUGAUGUGAAGAGACACCAUGACUAAGGCAACUCUUAUUAAAGAACACAUUUAAUUGGGAGUCUGCGUACAGUUGCACAGGUUUAAUCUAUUACCAUCAUGUUGGGGAGCAUGGUGGCAUGUAGGCAGGUGCUGGAGCAGUAGUUGAGAGCUAUAUCCUGAUCCACACAAGGUGGUGGGGAGGGAGGACUAUGUCUGACAUGGGCUUUUCAAAGCCUUUUCUAGUGUCAAACUUCCACCAACAAGGUCAUACCUGCUAAUCGUUAUAACUCUAAUAUUGCCACUCUCCAUUAACUAAGCAUUCAAAUCCCUAGUGGAUAAGCAUUCAAAUAUAUAGGGGCUACAUUCUUACCCAAACCAACACAGAGACCUUCUCUCAUAAACAUGGGAGUGCAACACAAAGAAACAAAGCUACUUUAAUUUUAAUGUAUACUCAAUACAAAGUAGAUAAGAUAUUUUAUAUCUUUUUAAUCAUACUACAUUUGUAAACAAGUAUAUUUUUAGGACUUGAUGAAACUCACAACUGCAGUACUGCACAAAUACAUUCUUUCCCCAAAUUACUUCACUAAGAAACACAGUCACCUGAAUCUUUACUUUUUCCUAAUUCCUUGAAAAACACUAAACUUUGCUCCAUAGAAGUAAAUAGCUCAGGAAUUUUCUCACACAGACUCUAUGGAUCCAAGCACACUUAGGAAGUGGGGAGGAAAGAUCCAGAAUUAUGCAAAAAAAAAAAAAAAAAAACUAAAAGUAAUUUUUAAUUUUAAUUUUGAAAUUAGUUUAAUAUCGUCAGAAAUUACCCCCUUCCACGAUCUGUUAAGUGGGGAAUGAUCUUCCAUAAAGAUCACUGAACACAGUGGCAAGCGGGGAUCUCUGUCCUGCCCUGAUUCACUUCUGUCCGAUGUUCUAAUGGAAUCCCUCCCGACCAUUCCAUUCUUCACUGGGUACUUCUAGUCCCCUAGCCUGGUCCAUAACCACAGCCCACCCCCACCCUCCUGGUAGACCUUCCUCCAACCCUGCUAGGAAUCUAUGGUUCUUCUUGCUUUCAAUGGCUCCCGGUUUUUCUCUCCUCUGCAUUAUGGUGUGUACAAAUGUCCCUGGGCCUAGCUCUACCCUGAGGGCCGAUCCACUCAGACUCCCUCAAUAUCCACUACCACAGCCCAGUUUCACCCAAGAAGCCACUGUGCCUGCCCACAUCGCCAAGUUUUCCUCCACCGCCAAGAAGGCCUUUUCUCGACUCAGUACUUUCCGCCCUGGCUUCUUCCUCCGGGGUUGGUUCCGUGUCGGUUUGUGCGGCCUUGUGCGCAUGCGCUGGAAUGAGCGCAGGCGCAGAGCUGCCUUUCUAAGCUGUGCCUGGUACUGAGGGGAGGGUCUGUAUCUCUCUGUGCCCUCGCUGGCCUCGCGCGAAUCCCACGUGGGUCCUCCGUCAUGGCCAGCUGGGUGUUCUGUAAUCGCUGUUUCCAGCCGCCGCACAGGAAGUCGUCCUUCAGCCUGACCAGCUGUGGGCACGUGUUCUGCGAUUCCUGCAUCCUGAAAGGUAAAAAGAAUGAAUGCAUGAUCUGUGAAGUCCCUUGUCAGACAGUUUUACUCUCAAAACAUACUAACUCCAAUGUCCAGACGUUCUUUCUGGACAUAGAUGGUCUGUGCAAGAAGUAUUCCCAGGAGAUCUCUCAGAUUUCGGAAUUUCAAGAAAAACACAGGAGGAGGUUAGUGACUUUCUACCGAGAAAAGAUUUCUCAGUUGGAAGAGUCCCUCAGAAAGUCAGUACUACAAAUCAAGCAACUACAAAGUAUGAGGUCAUCACAACAACCAGCUUUCAACACAAUCAAAAAUUCAGUUUCAACAAAGCCAAAUGGAUAUAUCUUUCUACCACCCAACUCUUCACUCCCUGACAGAAUAGAGUCGAUGGAUAUUGACCUGACUUCUCCAGCAAGAAAGCCUGAGACAGCAGCAGGCCCUUCAAGAAUUUCUCUGAUUAGUCCGCCUCAGGAUGGACGCAUGGGCAGUGCCUCCUGCCGGGGACCCCAGCAUCUCAGCUUGACACCAAGCCAUGCAAGCACAGCAAAGGCUUUCAGAGUACCACCAUUGCAGGUGCCCUACAAGGAACUGUCACCACUUCCAGCAUCACAGCUAUCCAGCAGAGCAACACAAGCUCCUUCCCCCAGCAUUAGCAGUUCAUGGACAGGACCACCUCGGCAGCCCAUCAGUAUCUCAGGCCUGCUGCAGAGACAGAGUGCAGGGUCAGCGUCCCCUAGGGGGAUGAACACUGAGAAAAUGAGCCCAUUCUUGCCUUCCACGCCUGCAAAUCUACGCUCUGUAGCCAGCCCCUGGCAAGUGUGUGUUCAUCGGUAAAUAUCACUGUACAGUUCAUUCUAGAGAGAUGAUGUAACUAAAUAAAGUAGCUUUCUGAUAAAGCA